UUAAAUUGCUUCAGUGAUAAUCGCAUUAGCGUUGACAGUCAUCGCGAAAUGGAUUCUGCCGGAUUUUUUUUUCAGCUCCAACUACACUUCGUUAUUCGCGUAACGUUGUCAGACUGAGCAAGCGUCGUUCAUGGCGCAGUGCCGUGGAAAUGUUCUGAAAUUAGGAGACACAUACAAAGAAAAGAAAAAAAGAAAGAAUACAGCCGCACGCGCCAGGCCACUGAGUGAUUCGUCCAAGCUGACAGGAAUCGACACCAGCAAGCAGACUCUGCCUGCAGUCCAGCUAAACCCCGUAGCUGCAAGACUUUGUCACUCUGAGUACUUCGCCUAAAUCGUUUGUCGGAGGCAUGUCCACUGACGACGGUCAAGUCGCAGAAGGCUCUGCAGACGCCGACACGACAGGCGAGGAUGAACAGCAUCCAACAGUGCGAAAGGAGGAACUGGAGGAAGAAACGAAGUUAAAGCCGAAGUACCUGGUAAACACGAGACGUGGAGGAUCAGUGCUCCUCCAGAAACGACUGAAGAAAGGGCAAAAAUAUUUCGACUCUGGAGACUACAACAUGGCUAAAGCAAAGGGCCAGGAAGCGGUUCCGCAGGGACCGCCCGCCGUCUUCCCGAAACCCACUGGGGUGACCAUCCCUACAGUGGAGUCGCUGCCGCCGCGCAAGACCCCAAUGAAGCAGAGCAAGCUCGCCAUGGAGCCUUCUUCCUAGAAGAUGCAAGGCCUGCCUGUCCAAGAGAAGAAAUGCGCUCCAUGAAGUAGCGGUAGCACCGGCUCACUUGAUGAGAACGAAGACGCAGUUUUUGUGAUGGACCCAUAAUUUGCCUGGUGCUACUUUUUUUCUUUUUUUAAAGUCUGUGUUGCAUGGACAGUUUUUUUUUUUUUACAGAUUCUUAAGACAACAUCUUUUCCAUUGAAUGGUGUUGGAUUUGCAGACGGUUUGUAGAUCUGCACUGCCUUUCUUUUCCUUUCAUUUUGUUUCUUUUAACGAGCGUCCAUUGCGUGUUCUGAAAAGGGGAGGUAGGGUUCGCGCGCAUUGUGCGCUGCUAAUAAAGGCACAGAAUAAAGGUGAGGGGUAGGAAACUUGUAUCCGGGAA